AUGUUUCUUGGGGAAAGUGUGCUUACAUUUAUUGAAGGAAGCUACGCAAACACUUCUACAUGCGUGCUAUCCGCAGUAACCAGCAUUCCUUUUUUCCGUCUCCAUGGAAACAGCAUCCCAUUGGAUCACUGUGGGCCCGUGGUACAGAUGUCAGCGGGAUACAAAGAUUACGCAAAAGCCUCUCUUGACAUAAUUAGCACAUUCCAAUGGGAAAAAAUUGCUCUUGUUUUCGAUGGUAAAAACAUGUCUAAGUAAUUUUUAUGAUGUGUACUGUAAAUGGUUAGGACAAGCUUUGCCGUGAAUCAAUUUAUUCGUUUCUUUCCUUCUAACUUUUCUCUUAUAAGCUUAUGAAAAGCAAUGGUUUUUUCCUUCACACUGACUGUUGGGCAAAUUCAACAGAUUAAUAUAAAUAGCUGUACAAGUAAUUCUUACGAAUUUAGUAGAAUAACAAGUCUACUUGAAAAAAAAUCAUUGAAACUUAUUUGCCAAUAAAAAUACUUUUUCACUUACUGUUUGUAGAAAAUCGUGUGCACGAAGCAGGAUAUUUCCACGCCAUAUCCAAGCCAUUCAAGAUCACUGUGAACCUAGUUCAUCUUUCUGGGAAGAUGCAAACUGGAGAUGAAGAGUCACAGAUAUUGACAACAAUGAGUGAAAUUCAAAGUCUUGAACCAGAUAUCAUCUUACUUUAUACCACAAAGAAAAACAUUGAGCUAAUACUUCAGCAGAGGGUAAUUUGACAUUGUUUGCCUCUAUCACUGUCCACUUUAAUUUUGUGACUUCACGUUGCUCUUUUUGUCAAGAAACUAAGGAUUUUUGCAAUUUUGCCUCCUUUCUGGAAUUUUGUAGAAAACGUAUUUCUCAUAGCGGUUGCGACUCGUGCAAAGAUUUCUGAUCAGCGUAAUUAUAAAGAGGAGAGUUUAUUUCGAUUUACAUUAACGAUUUGAAUUAAAAAGUUGGACAAGACAACCUUGUUCCCAUCAGCUUUCAGCGCCCCAGCUUCCUGCUUCAGCGUUUACAGUUUGGAUCAUAAAAAACUGAUCGUAUCAAUGAGUUAGUAUAACCGACCUCGUGAUACUUAAUAAGCCUUCCUGAUUUAAGUGAUGACAAUAAUUAGUUGCUUGUUUGUUUGUUUGUUUGAUUGCUUUACUUACUAUAGACUUCUUUUAUAUGGAGAAAAUGUGUCUUGUGUGGAAGGGUCACUCCCCUUCCCAAGCUACCCUGGGAAAACUAACUUUUUCUAAAUAUCCUUAAAAAAACUGGACGAACCCUUCACACGAGAAACAAAACGUUGGCUGGGCUAGAAGGAUGACGCGCUUAGCCGGGCUACCUUUCUGUGAUGGUAGGGUCACCCUCCUAGCCGAGCCAAUUUUUCUCCGUCUAAACAAUUUGGCUCGCUAAGCUGGGUCACCUCUAUUGAGGUGAGACAAUCACAGCAUGCCAGAGCGCUGUUGUCAGCUCUUGUCUCGGGCAAAGGGGUCGCUAAACAUGUUAAAGUUGAUUCGACUGGGAGGGGGUGACUCUCUUUACAACUUUUCCCCCUACAAACGAGGCUAUAUUCUCACCCAGAACCUCAAUAUUUAGGAGGUAAAAUUAUACAGAAAAUAAAGUUAGGGGACUCGAAAGAGUGAACCUUGGUUGUACAAAACCAAUAGCUGGGUCAACGAGGAUGUGUAAUGAGGAGAUGACGACUGGAAGUUCGCGCUAGGUCCUUCAAAUAGUGUUCGGACCUUAAAUAAUGGGGUAGUUGUAUGGAAAUCAGUGCGCUCCACUGUACUGUUUGCAUGGUGGAAAAAAAAAUAAAUUUGCAGCAAAAUGUCCGUAUUAUUGAUAUUUUUAAUCUGGUAUUUUUUUAUAUGUAUCAAAUUUAUUACGUUCACAUGAAAGGUCCUUGUUUUGCACAGAUUUUUUUCGUCCAUUGAUCGUCUCCAGACAUGGACUCGUAGAAGAGCAACUAGAGAACGAAUUGGCAACAAAACUUUACCUUCGAUUUCUCUUUAUUUUUGUUCCUCAGAAAUCUUGUCAGCACUACAAAGGCUACAGAAUUAUUCUCCAAGGAAAGGUAAGGCAGAUGAUUAACUUUUUUUUCUUUCAUUAAAAUUCAAAUGACUUUUUUUUAGUUCCAGCAAAAUAAAAUUCAAGCUAUUUUUAACAAGAAGACGAGAAUGCAAGACUUGGCAAUUCCCGGCCGUUUUUCUAGAGUAAAGUAGAAAUUUUAUUUCUUUGUUAACUUUUUAGGUGCCGAUGCAAGUGAAAAGCCAUCCAAAUAACGUGGUUAUAGCAAUGAAACUUCCGUACGUUGAGAGCCAGUCUUCUGAGGAACUGGAAAAUGUUACACUAGGAAAGUACAACGUGACAGAUAAGGUAUCUUCAAUGACAAUAGCUAAUGGGCUGAGGUGUGUAUUUUUUUUUACUUUCCAAAAAAGUAGCUGUCUUGGGUUUCCAGGAUAGGAUUUGCGCUUGGUAAACUGGGUAUGCUUAUAACAACAACUCCUAUCCCAAUCAAAUUUUUCCCUAACCCAAGAUAACUUGUGUAUAACAAAAUAAACAUAAUUUUUUGUCGUGUAAGCUGAAACAAGAGUAACCAGUUAACAAUGGUAAAUAAAUGCGGAAAAAAUUUGGUUGUGUGUUCAGCAGAUAGCAGUCCAAGCAAAAAAUCUGAGAAUUUAUUUCUAUUGAAUGUUUUAUAAACGGUAGUUUUUAUGAAAUGAGGCCAACGAGAAAUCUAAUUAAUACAAAAAAAUAAUAAUUCUCUAGGAAACGAUUGCCCUUGCUUACGAUUCUGUCCAAGUUAUUAAUCAGGCCCUGAGCACAGUGCCCUGCUCAUCAAUAAACGGGACAAAUAUUACUUCAAAGCAAAGACAGUCAAUACUAACCUGCAUUAAACAGGUAAGUUAACUUCGUUUAUAUUUAUAAAAUUUCAUUAUUAAAAAUAACAUAUUAAAUGCUUUCAGUUGAUUUGUUUAAGGUGGAAGUGCAGUGUUUUACUGCACUACACUUGAAUAAUGGGAAACAAAUACAGUUGUACAGUUGAGUUGUAACGAGAACAUAUAAAUUGUACAUAAACUCGGUAAUCAGUUUUGCUAAGGUUACCAUGAUAAACCUCUGCAAGCAUUAAUAGUUUAUUUAUUUUUCUGGUUAUAAACAAUCUAUUAUCUCCUUCACAAAAAUUAAGUACCUAAUUAAGAACCUUCUUAGCCUAAAUUGCCAAUAAGUACCUCAAAAUACAAGAAACUAUCUUGCCAAGCUUCAAAGAAAGUAAGUUCUUGAUAGCAGGUGUUUAUUGUAAGUAAAUACAAAUAUAGUUAAAAACGGAUUAAAAGACCCGGGUAAGCAGAUGGCUUUUUUACCAGCUUGGGUGAGGAUUUAAACUUGGGACGACCUAGAAAAGCAAUUUGCAAUUAAAUUUUCAUCUAUUUUCCUCAGGUUGAUCUUAAAGGCUUGACAGGAACUGUUAAAUUCACUGAGAAUGGACACAGAGAGGAGAUUAACUUGGAAAUUUUUAAUCUACAAAAUAAUUCCUUUGAAAAGGUAAGUAGCAAAUGAUAAUCCAAAAAAGCAACAUAAAUUGGCUAGGCUCCUAUUGAUGCUCAAUCCUACAGCAACCUUGACAAUUAGCAAGCUCCGGGAGUGUUUCCGGGAAGGUUUAAUUACAUCUGAUUUAUCGUUCCAUAGAAAGGUAUGUGGAACUUAACAAGACGAGCCGUUAUGUUUGGAAACAUCACGCCCAACAUAAUUACCAGCUCUUCCUCAGGAGAAACUCUAGAAGGAAAAAAGUUGCGAGUUGUUGUUGUCGAGGUAAGGCCAGUAAUUAAAUAUAUUACAAUAAAUAAGGAGUGAUUUACACUCUAUACAAACAUUUUGUUACAUCUCUAGGGCUUUCACGCAUGUUCGUUGUAAUCUCGUCCCCAGAGGAAGGGUAACAAAGGCUAAGGAUACGGGAUUGGCCCCGAAACCCAUCAAGUUAUAUCCUGUCGUGCUAGUCAAUGGCUAAUUUCUUUUACUGUCACGCCAUCAAAAAUGAAUCAAACCGUUAGGUAAAUAUGACGUAAAUAUGCAAAGAUCCGGUCGGAAACCACCAGAAACGUUUUGAGUUUUGUUACGAAAGACUGAUUCGUCCCUCGAGAAACUCAUAAAUAGUAGUACAAUGUACAAUGCUAAUACAAGGACUAUUCAGGUACCAAAAUCCCCCAAAAUGAGUCACACGAUGUUAACUUAACUUCAACGUUCAUGACAAUGACAGAUCUCCGGGCGCCAAGGUGAAAUUCUUGGCUUGCAACCACGUGAUAAGGCGGCCAUGUUGGUGGUGUGUUGGUGGUCAAUACAAUAGUUGAGUUAGAAUUUUUUCUCCAAGAAUUUGUAUAGGUAACAGCCUGAUUAGUAGUGGUAUUUGGCAUAGAUACCACGAGUGAUAUAUAUUUCAAAAUUGUUAUACGUAAUUUCACGAGGCCGUCAGGGGAGUGAAAUUUGAGACAAUUUGGAAAUGUCAUAAGUGGUAUAUAUGCCAAAAAUCACCUACAAAUCAUUCUAUUAUUUGUUUAUACUACUACCCGCAAAAUGUUGUAAUUUUCAAGUGUGGGUAUUUCAAAUUAAGCUGAAAUACCACUGCUCUAAGCCAAUCAAAUGCAGAAAUUUCUCAUGUAGUAGUAUAAACAUGAAAAUAAGGUUUAUUUCCCAGAGGAGAGAAAUGUUUUUGUUCUUAACCCUAACACACCACCCAUAUGGCCACCGUGACGUCACGUACAAACCGGCAAUACCACGCCUAUGCAAAAGCUUAGAAAUUCAAGCGCACGCUAUCACAAAACAAUGGGCCCUUGCGAAGUGAACAUUUGUGUAGAUAUUAGCUUUUAGCUUCUCUAAUACUUCGUGAAAGUAAAAACUAAAGAGGAUCGAUAAUUCUCCAGCUUUGAAUUAGCGAUGACGUCAUCUAAAUACUGGCAGUAAAAAUGCACUUCCAAGUUUUUCCUUUAAGAGUCGACAUAAGUUUUUCGGCUAACAUCACUGAUUUGUAUAUUGCGUCGAUAAGUACGACUCUAAUUUAUCUACUUUUCUCUAGGAUCAUCCUUUUGUUAUUAAGAAAGAAAGUAAUGAUACUUUACCAUACAAAGGUUUCUGUAUCGAUCUUCUUCUUGAACUGGCCAGACUUCUCAAGUUUACGUUUGAAAUAAACUACUCUCCAGAUGGUUUAUAUGGCGGAAAAACGGAAAAUGGAAGCUGGAAUGGCAUGAUUGGAGAGCUAGUAGAGAAGGUUUGUAAAAUAAAAGGUCGUGUAAUGCUUGAAUGUGAUAAUUAAAAUGCAAAAUCGAGGGAUUAUCGCUGAAGCUUCAUGAAAACCAAUGCUGAAAAAGGUAGCCUGCGAAAACAGCCGUUUUUCCUUGCUCUUCACCGCCGGGAGAAGUUUCGCGAGGAAUAACGUCUGCGACUCAGCGACAGAAAUUGCAUACUGAUGACGUAAAAUCCUGCCGGAAGCCGGUAAAAAGCGCUCAUUGGACGAAGGAGUAGUUACAUUGUUUUAGCUAUUGUCUAGGAAUGACAGACAAAAGACAAAAGGCUACAAAGGUCAAAUGUAAAUGUGAUAAAUCUAUAACAAAACAGUCAACAUUUGUGGAAUAUAUUCUUCUCUAAAAGAAACAUUUGAGUUUUGCUGGAGCUCGUUCGCCGAUGAACACAACACUACAAAAAUCGGCCAGGGGAAACGUAAAAUCGAAUAAAUUUGUAUUUGAAACCCCAUGAAUUCCGGGUUUAUUGUGUAAACAUUGGUUUACGUCAUCAGUAUAGAAUUUCUGCCGCUGAGUCGCAGACGUUCCUCCUCACGAAGCGUUCCCAGCGGCGAGGAGCGAGGAGACACGACUGUUUUCGCAGGCUAUGCUGAAAUGCCGCGUGAAAUAAAUCUAUAGUAGUUAUUUUAAAUAUAUAUUUCAAAAAAUCAAAUAUCCAAAAUCGACCCUUCGCCAAAUAUUCGCGGCUCGACCAAUAUCCCCUGAAGACGUUGAAGCUUUUUGGUUCGAACGCAGCUUUUCUAAAUCUUAACUACAUCACUGAUAACGUCAGAACUUUUGAGACAUGUUUCUUUUAGCUUCAGGAUCGUGCGCUCUCCACUAUUUCUCUUGCAUGAUCAGAUUCAUUGACCUUUCCACUAAGGAAAAAAGGGAAUCAAAGUCUUGAACGUAUGUUCAAACUUUUGAGUCUGUGGACAAAUUAAUUCUGUGAAGUUUGACCCGUUCGAUCAACCUGUUAGGAAGUAAUGUCCAGUUGUACUGUUAGAUUUUUGGCAUUUAACAAAACCAUGUUUGGAAAUUUUGUUCAAUCAUUAUUUUGGACGCUUUGGGAGUGAAAGGCUUAAGACGGAUAUCAACAGGCGAGUUUCAUGCGUUUAAUUAGAGUUCUAUCAGGUGUUUUACAAAAUGAAAACGGACCGUUCUCAAUUAUAUUCUCCUUUUUCUCUGAAGAGAGCUGACCUCGCUGUAGCUUCGCUGACGGUAACUGAAGCUCGUGAAAAGGUAAUAGACUUUACAGUUCCCUUCAUGUUCUACACGGAAGACAUGUUGCUGAAGAAAUGGUCAUCCGAAGGCAAAACCGAUUUGCUACAAUUUAUGAAUCCCUUCGAUAAUUACGUUUGGUGUUGCACUCUGGCAAUAGUUCUACUCAUCUCAGUCGCUGUGUUUGUAAUUAACUACUUCAGCCCUUAUGGCUACAAAGACGAGAAUGGCACAGGAACUUCGGAGGAGUUCAACUAUAUUAACAGCUUAUGGUUUGCGUUUGCUUGUAUGCUACAACAAGGUGGUGAUAAUACACCCCGAAACUUGUCAGGUUAGUCUGAUCUUGGCUGAGAAGUUUUUUUCAUUCGAUUAUAUUGAGAGUUUAAAAUAAAAAGGGUCUAUUAUCCGUUAUUUUUGUACAAACAGGAAAACUGAGUUGGAAUUCCUGUUAAGCCGCUUCUGAGUUUCAGACUACUUUUGUUAAUGACAUCGAAUUGAGAACAACCGCAUUUACGAUUACUCAGCAAUGCACAUUUGCGCGUCUUUCAAAUAUUAUUUGCAGAAAGAACAAUCGCAGCCGAUAAAUUUACCAAAUGAAUAAUACUCCUUUUAUCGAUGCAUUUGCUUUUGUGGUGGCUACUAAAUAAACUUCAGAUACGUGGUUAGCUAGUUCAAAGUGUGGCACCAAAAAUUGACUGUGGUCUGGAACAGAUGCUACGAUCGGUUUUCAAAGAUUCCUUGGUUCGAUAAAGGUUUCGUACAAGGAGACCGCGUAUUCAAACUUAUGGCCGCCACAAAACAGACUCAUGAUUGUAUGAUUCAGUGCCCAUUUCAUGAAUUCACGUUCAGUUGUAUUUCCCUUAGGUCGCAUUCUUGCUGGUUGCUACUGGUUUUGUAUCCUUAUCUGGGUUUCAACCUACACAGCCAACCUGGCCGCAUUUUUUACCGUAAAAAACACUGAACAUCCCAUUCACAAUCUUGAAGAACUUGCAAAGUCUACUUAUCAAGUUGGCAUCCUUAGAUCAUCGAGUUUGUCUGAUGCGUUUGAGACAAGUCAGUAUGAGACACACCAAAAACUUUGGCAAAGAGUGCGAACGGGAAAUACAUUUGUUGAAAGCACAUCUCAGGGAAUUCAGUGGGUCAGAGAGAGAGAGAAGUUUGCGUUCAUUCAUGACGGACCGGCUAUCAAAUAUACUUCAAACCAGCCACCAUGCGACCUAACAACAGGUAGCCUAGGUUGUGUGCACACUAUAAGGCAUAGCUCUUGGACCAGCACCAAAACCAUAUCAGAUACUUUAAUUCUUAUGUUCACACAUAAAGAAAGGUUAUUUUGACGCAAUUUCUGUAAAGGAACGAGGUUGCACCUCGCCUGUCUCCAAGAUAAAGAGUCAUAUCUCGGAUAGGUUUGUGUCACACUUUGACGCAAGUGAAUAAGCAGGAGCGCGGACUGGAACUCAUUGAGGUGGAAGUAAAUAUUCAGGACGAGUGAGGACUGGAAUUCAGUGCACCAAAACCCUCUCAGUCAACCGCUCUGGCACGAUGUUCGGUACUCCGAAGUGCACGAACGGCUUCGGUUCCAGUCCGAAUCCCGGGCUGUUGCUGUUCAUGAUAUACCGGAUAGCUAUCUGUUAUGUGUAGACAUAAAAGUAUAUUGUAUAAUUCAGAAUAGACCUCUUUACCGAUACGGUGGCCAUAUUGAAUUCAUUGGAUUUAAGGAGUAUUAUGGGAUGCGCAGGGGGCAUGAGCACGAUCUCAAAUACUCGCAUCAGUAUUUACGCGCGCUUUUCCGGCCAUUUUUUUUAAAGUUUUCUUAGAAAAAGAUUGUAAUGAGAAAAAAAGAUCGUUGUGCCGUCUUUGGAUGUAAUAAUGAUCGCCUUUUUCCCGAGAAAUAUACUUUGAAGUUCUCUUUUUGUCCGAAAAGCUCGCGUAGAUACUGAGCGAGUGCCCCCUGGGCAUCCCAUAAUACUUCUUAAAUCUAAUAAAUUCAAUCUGGCCGCCGUAUCGGUAAAAAGGUCUAUUGAAAUUAAUCAUAAUUUAAUCGAGUGUCUCAGAAUUGUUAAGGGGGUUAAAAGAUGCUCUUGCUGAAACGAAAAAAUGUGUUCUUCCUCUGAGGCACCUCAGAGGAAGCACGUUUUUCAAAUUAAAUUAUGUUUUAACACCGUAAAAACAAUGUUGUUUCAUAGUUCCAGGUCUUAGCGCGGCCAAAGCAAUGGCGUUCGCUCUGCAAGCAAAUAAUCCGCAUACUAAAGAGUUAACUCUGACUAUUCUGCGCUUGCAAGAAAACAAUUUCCUUGAUGGACUUAGACGCAAAUGGUGGGAAACCACAAGUAGCUGCCCUGAAGAAGAAGAUACGGGUAAGAAACAACUAAUAAUUAUCUAUUUUAAAUUUGUUUGGAAAAAUAGGCAUAAUUUUACUCGAAACCAACUGAAUCCUGCUAAGGGACAUUUAAAAACAACUACUCAGUAAAGAGAGGUGGUUGUUUCAGUAGAGGAAGUAUAUUUACGGAUUGAAACAAAACAUGACCUUUAAACAGCCAGAGAAAGUAAUAAAUGCAUUUCCCAGCUUGUUAACAAAGGCACUGCCAAAGGUUAAUUUUUGAACGAUCUUUCCCGGAUGACAAUGUCAAGCGUUUCAAGGUUUGCAUUCGUUCCUCAGUUUUUCGUCCGUACUAAGCCGAAGAAACGGUUGAAUAAUUAACAUAUACUAACAUUGUAACUCUUAGAAAGACCUUUAGUGACACUACUUCCCAUAAUUAAAAACCGCUCUUCAAGUUACUUCUUAUUUGCAUGCUCCCAUGCAAAAUUAGCAACAUUCAAUCAAAAUAGUUGUUUACUGUCUGAUACUAAUUUUUUUAACACAUAUUUGUUACCGAAAAUGGUGUAUGGCAAAAUGUCAAACAAUAUUGAUGGAUUCUCCAAAUAUUUGGUGGACUAUCCUAAUUCUCCAAUACUUGGCCAGGCAUAUUUUUCUGAACUUGCUUCAGUGGCCAGUAAACAUAGAAUGAUAUAAUUUCAUGACAACGUCAUAAUUAGCAAAUAUUGAAUGACGCUGAGUAGGAUAUGAAGAAUUAUGCAGAUCAGAUCAGAUCGUCCCCAGGUCUUCUCAAUAACGGUUGAAUAAUCUGCAACUUUGCUCCUUUUUUGACGUCAUCGGUUGAAUACGGUAAAAUUCUUCCAAAUUUGGUCAACAGUAGCUGGUUAUGAUAAAUUAUGUGUGUUAUUUUAGCCAAUCAGAGACGAAUAAAUAGUUUGAAUAAAUUAUAAUCAAAUAUAAUACACUACCUAUAGAAUCAGAUCUGUUCUCAUAUAUUUUAUCUCGUAGUUGAAUCAUCUACAUCAUUUCUUCGACCAGGAACAAGGAUUAUUUUUGAUAAAGGGAUUAUAUUCUUGCCUUCUUUAUGUUUCAGUUAUAUCACGUCGGCAAAUCGGUCUGAAGAGUAUGCUGGGAGUUUAUAUUGUACUUGCUGGUGGAAUUAUCAUGGCAUUCAUAACGCUGGUUGUAGAGAUCUACUGGAAACGAAGAGUUAAACAAAGCGUUGUCGAUAAAUUUCAAAGGUUAGUGGUAGUUUGA